GCACUUUUUUAAAAGCAAAACAAAUAUAUCCUACCAUACUAAAAAUAUACACAUAUUCAACAAUUCUAAUGGGGAAAGAAAAGAUUAGCAAUUGCAUGGUCAUGCUUAAGCAUAUCAUGAGAAAGCUCAAGAGUACACAUCUUCAAUUAAUUCCAAAAUAUUCCAAUGGAGAUCAAUUUGAUGUUGUUGAAAUGGAAACUCCAAGAGCAAAUAAUGAAGUGGUACCAAAUGAUGUUAAAGAAGGACACUUUGCUAUAUUGUCAGUAAAUCCAGAGGAAGAGCCAAAGAGGUUUAUUGUGGAGCUACAUUGUCUCACUAAUCCAUCAUUCUUGAAAUUACUAAAACAAGCUGAAAAUGAAUAUGGAUUCCAACAAAAGGGUGUUCUUGAAGUUCCUUGUAGCGCCGCGGAAUUGCAAGAGAUUUUGGGGGCCUCCGUGUUACACACUGAAAAUUGGAUUGCUUGAUUCACGAGUCUUACUGUGUCAUAUUAAUAAAAAGUGAUUAUGAAACGCUAAAAUUGGAUAUAUUAAGAUAGUUCCUCUUAUGCUAGCUAAAGCUAGGUUGAAAUCUCAAACCUUUUAUUUCUUCAUUUGGUCUAAUUUGUGGACAAAGUAUAUAUAUAUUACUCUUUUUCAUUUUAA